AUGCACCAUGUGGGUAGUGCAGGGAACACAUCCAAUUCAGUUCGUCCUCGCAAGGAGAAGAGAUUGACUUAUGUGUUGAGCGAUGCUGAUGGCACGAAGCAUUGUGCAGGUGUAAACUGUUUGGCUUUGUUAAAGUCGUCAGUCCCUGAUGGGUGUGAUUUCCUCUUCACUGGGGGCCGGGAUGGCACACUAAAGAGAUGGGCAUUGACUGAAGCUGGUGCUACUUGCUCUGCUACAUUUGAGUCACAUAUUGAUUGGGUCAAUGAUGCUGUCCUGGCUGGUGGUAAUACACUUGUUUCCUGCUCCUCGGACACUACCGUCAAGGCAUGGAAUUGUUUGUCUGAUGGAACGUGUAUCAGGACUCUUCGUCAACAUUCUGACUAUGUUACUUGUCUUUCUGCAGCAGAAAGAAAUACCAAUAUUGUUGCCUCUGGUGGCCUUGGUGGGGAAGUUUUUAUAUGGGAUCUUGAAGCUGCCCUUGCUCCCCUCGCUAAAUCAGGUGAUGCAAUGGGAGAUGAUUAUUCAAAUGGUAUUAGUGGUUUGGGAAAUUCAAUGCCCAUGACUGGCCUGCGAACUAUUAGCUCAAGCAACAACAUUUCUUUGCACACAACCCCAUCUCAAGGAUAUGUACCUGUUGUUGCUAAAGGCCAUAAGGAAUCAGUUUAUGCAUUAGCGAUGAAUGAUGGUGGUUCCCUUCUUGUCUCUGGUGGAACUGAGAAGGUUGUGCGUGCUUGGGACCCUAGAACUGGUUCAAAGGCCAUGAAGCUUAGAGGACAUACAGAUAAUAUUAGGGCUUUGCUGCUGGAUUCGACUGGCAGGUUUGUUCAAUGA